GAAGAAAGGGAUCCUUCCAACCAAGACCCACAGGAAGAGAGAGAGAGGGAGAGAUGAGAUGGAGAAAUAAAUAAAUCCAAAUUCAGCCAAACUUCUCUCUCUUCCUCCUCUUACAUCCUCUCAUCACCACCACCACCCCACCUCCUUCUCUCCCUGUCUUUCUCCUUCUCCUCCUCCUUCCUCUCGCUCUCUCCUCCUUGACAAAAUUUCCUCCACCCAUUCCCUUCUCCACCCACCCUGCCGAUCUCUCUGAAUUCGGUCGCCUCCUCCGCACCAUCUUUCUCUCCUCCUCUCUUCUAGCAAUCGGUCGUUUCCUCCGGUUGUUGUGCUGAUUCUUCGUUCUUUCUCUCCCUCUCUCUCUCUUUCUUUCUUCCUCUCUCUGCCUUGGAGAGGAUCAAGAAACGAAGGGAGGGAGGAGAGGAGAGGAGAAGGGAAAUCGAGAAAAGUCUGUUCUUUGGUUUGGCUCGUGUGGUUCUUGAGAGCUGCUGUUUGGAAAAUCUCUGCACCUGUUGCUGACCACUUGCUUCAAUUGUUGAAAGAGAUGAACAGCACCUGAGAUGCUAUUGCCAGACAUCAAUUGAUAAAGAGCACAUCUUCAGUAAUGCAAGGACAGAAGAACUCUGUUGAGCAGCUUGCUGAUGUGUUUGGAUUUGACCAUGCAUCCAGUUCAGGAAACCCUGUCAUGGAUCAACAAGGAUAUUGGAACAACAUUCUUGGUUCAGUGGAGUCACAUAACCUUCAAGGUUAUCAGGUGAACCGUAGUGAUGGAACUAUUCCCUAUGGAAACGGUGUGCAUCAAAAUGGCACUUUUUUAGGUUUUUGGGAAUCAGGCGAAGCAAGUGCAAGUGGCAGUUCACUACAUUUUGGGGGCUCUAAUGAGAUCAAAGCUGAGCAACGUAAUAUCGGUGGUGGCCUAAGGAUUGGUGAAAGGCGCUUGGUAGCUGAGCGCAACCUUUCUUUGGAUAAUGUUGAUAUAGGCCUUAACAUCAAUGGUAAUGAUCUAUCUGGUGAAAAUUCAAAUGUGAAUGGUGCUUCACAAGGCUCUGAACUACAUGGUGGCUGCUCUCAUACUGGUUCAAAUGGUCAAGCCUCUGAGCUGAGAUUACAUCCAUACAGGACAUUCAUAUUAGGUGCAGAUCAACCUGAGCCUUUUAAUUCUUUGAAUGGCAGUGAAAAUCCUUUAGGUGAUUUUUCCUUGAUGCCAGAAGGCAUUGAUCAGCGACCAGGCAGUUCCCUGGAUGGCCGCCGGCUGGCAUGCAAGAGGAAAAAUAUAGAAGGAGUUAAUGGGCAGUGCUCGGCAGGUGCUAGCACUAGUUUUUCCCACAGGAACGAUAGUAUUUUCCAUAACAUUGCUUCUUCGAGUCAUAAUCCCUCUCCUAGUACAAAUUUACCCUCUCCUAAUUGUCUGUUGGUUCCAAGCACUCUUGAUGAACAACUCCCGCGUUAUGGAGCUACUACAGCUGGAUUGUCAUCUAGUAGCUAUGAUCCUAGUGGAGGCAAUAACAAUUCAGGAGGCUCACAAAGAAGUUUUCGGCCAAGAACUAGCCUGGCUCAACAUAUUGGCCCCUAUGGUGUGUGGCCAUCUUCAAGUACUAUCAGACAUUCCAAUUCAUGGAAUCAUCAGCCACCUCCCUUUCAGAGUUCAUUUGAUGAACCACCGGAGGUAAUUCCAGUGGUCAGUAGCCUGAACUUUCAAUACCAGCAUCCAAUGAAUGUCGUUCCUGGCAUUCCACAGAUGUCACACCGGUUCACUGGUCCAGGGGCCUCAUCAUCAAGAACAGGCAAUUUGGAGAACAGAAUUAUUGGUAGUGAGGAAUUUAGCGCGAGGAAUGUAGUGGCUACCAGCUUCCCUGAUGCAGUUCCUCCGGCCGCACUAGACAUGAGGCAUUUGAUACCAGAACCAUCUAGUUGGAAUGUAGAUGGCAGAGCUACUACCAUUCCAGGAAAUGUUCCUUCUUCAUCGAGAGCUAAUACCAAUUCGAUGGUUAAUCCACCAGCAGGCUCUCCAUUUAUUGCCCAUCAAAACUUGCAUAGACGUAAUCCUCGUAAUUUGUCAGAGGAGAUAAGUCGUUUAUCUGGAGCUCUUCGUGGCCAUCAGCACCCACGCCUAAGGUCCGGUUUUCUGUUAGAACGACAAGGUGAUGGUGUUUGGGGUGUUCCGUUGUCAACUAGGAGCAGGGAAGGAAGAAGAUUAAUUGAGAUCCGGAACGCGCUUGAAAUGAUUCACAGAGGGGAAAAUGUAAGAUUUGAGUCCAUUUUCUAUGGUGGAGUCGACAUUCAUGACAGACACAGGGAUAUGCGCCUUGACAUAGACAACAUGUCUUAUGAGGAGCUAUUGGCACUGGAAGAAAGAAUAGGCAAUGUUAGCACUGGCCUCAGUGAGGAAGAAGUGACAAAGCUCCUAAAGCAAAGGAAAUUCUCAUCAUGGAGGUUGGAAGCAUCUGUGGAAGAAGAGCCAUGCUGUAUCUGCCAGGAAGAGUAUGUUGAUGGGGAUGAUCUCGGGACACUGGACUGUGGACAUGACUUCCAUGUUGGAUGCGUCAGGCAAUGGCUGGUUGUGAAGAACACCUGUCCCAUAUGCAAAAAUACUGCUCUGAAGUCUUAGAAAAAGCACAGGGCAGUAAACACUGUGUGCUUGUUCGAUCGCAAGAUCGUUUAGUGAUUCAUAUUACCGUGCCGUUUUUUGAUUAGAAAUUUUUUUUGCCAUUGACCUACAAAUUUGAUUAAAAAAAAAGGUAAAAGAACUGGUCCCUGCAAACUGCCCCCUCCUGCAGUAAAUAAUCCCUGGAAUCUGUCGCUCUGCAUUCAACUGAAUAUUUAUGGCUGGUAUAUUGGAUGAUGGCUCAAUAUUUUUUUCA